AUCAGGUGCAGCUAAUAAAAACACGCUUUAAGACACAAAUACAGACACUUAAAGAAAGUCAGGUUAAUUCAAGCCUCUUGAUUGGCCAAUGAGCUAGGUGGUCUUUGAUUGGACGAGUGUUUAUCGCCUGUAGCUGGACUUUUUUAACGAAUUUAUCUCAAGAGUUAUUAGAUAUUUUUCAUAUCUGUCCCGGCUGUAAUCAAAUCAAAUCAUUGUCUGAUUUAAAAAAAAACCUUUUUGGGCUCUCCAAAAUUUUUAUUCCAAGUGUCAUCAAUUUAAAUAACUCAUCUUCUAAAUUUCUAAUUCUUUCGUAAAAUUUUGAGGAAACAAAUCAAAAACAGUUUGUAAAACAGAAAAACUACAAUAUCAAGUUGAUUUAAAUUAAUAAAAUUCAAAAUAAUCGGUCAAAUUUUUACCAAUUUUAUCGAAAAUGAAUCGUCUUCUGGUACCCCCUACGUCUUUCUACAACCCGAACUCUACGGCGGUGACUCUGAGCCAAAUGGGGGCAUCGAACGUUCCGAACUCUCUGCAACCAUCGCCUCUCCAUCAAGCGGCCAUUAUGAUGCAUCAUCAUCAACAGCAACAACAACAUCAAGCACAACAGUUGGCGGUUUCACAAGCCGCGGGUAUCUCGAACCCGAACGAGAAGCAGUCGCAAUCCAUGGGAGGUUUGAAGAUCCCGGGAAGUGGUGACAACUCUUCGACUGCGACAACUCAUCAUUUUCCGCGACAACUGAACCCAGUUUCGUCCAGUGGAUUUGAUCUGGCGGCCGCAGUUUCAGCAGCCAGGAGCUCCCAAGUAGCGGCAGCUCUUCACGCCACCUCCGUUGCUCAUCACGCGCAAACACCUCAUCCCUUUGUCACCGCAUCUCAACAAACACCCCCCGGAAUGCCUCUCGGGUUAUCCCACCCCCCUCCUCAUAGUCCGGCCAUGUUUGGACAGGGUCCCCACCCGGGUGCAGCGGCAGCCGCGGCUCUUUUCUCCGGACACCCGGCGGCAGCCGGUGCCAGCGGUAUCCACCCUUUGCUAGCGGCCGCAGCUUCUUCGGGACAUUUUCCGGGAUACCACACGCCUGAUGGUUUUGGCCCGAUGGAUUUCAAUAUGAUCACCCGCCGCAAAAAUGCCACCCGGGAAACCACUUCGGCACUGAAGGCGUGGCUAAGCGAGCACAAGAAGAACCCCUACCCCACCAAGGGCGAAAAAAUCAUGCUUGCCAUCAUCACCAAAAUGACUCUCACUCAAGUUUCCACUUGGUUCGCAAAUGCGAGAAGACGGCUGAAAAAGGAAAACAAAAUGACUUGGGCUCAUGGCUCUGGAAACGAAGACGACGACGAUGAAGACGCCGAUAUUGAUGACGACGGAGACGAUGACGUCAUGAAUGAUGAGAAGGUCAAUGACCUGAAUGAGUUGAUGUCUCGCGAAGCUUUCAACUCCGGUGCCAGUCAGCUCCAUACAGCCCAAAAACCUUCUCAACUCGGUCAACACUUCGGACCAGGAGCCGAGGGUCUUCGUAUUGAGACGAACGUGCCGAACCCUUCGAAACGAAGCAGCAGCGCCGACAUUUUCUCCUCGGCUGCGUCUCUUUCACUGGUGUCAUCAUCUUCGGAACCGACUCACAACAUCGCAAACUCGCCAACAUCUCGCAGCGAAUCCGAACUGAACACGACUCGAGACUCGUCAGUUUGGUCAUUCGGAGAAAAACCGAAUGCGAGACCUCUUCAAAUCGACCUCUCAAGUAAAAGCAAAUCAAAUAUUACUACCAGCAAAACCCAGUGUACCGACUCGUCGAAUGCGACUAAAAAGUCCAAAAUUUGGUCGAUUGCCGACUUGGCGACUUCGCCGACUGUCAGUAAUGAGUCAUCAUCACGAAGCACGACUUGUCAAAUAUCUCCAGCCAGUUUUCACUCGCCAGCCAAUCAGAUUUCGCCGAUUUGGAAGUCGCCGAAAAUGGGCUUAGAAGCUUUUGGAGACUCGUAUAGUCACGACUCAGCGAAUAUUUUGAAGAUUGAGAAUUUCUAUGGGAGGUCUCCAUCUUUUUUUCCAGGGUUUCAUUCGAACCCAGGUGCAAUGUCAGCUGCAAUAAAUGCCGGUUUUCACCCUACAUUUUCAUCACCUGUGUCAAUGUUCAACUUCACUAAUCAGACAACACUGCCGAAAAACUUUUAACUCAAACUCAGUAAAAAAACUGAAAACUCUUUUUUGCUUAAAAAUUUUCUCAAUUGCAUUGAGUUUUAUUAAUUUUAAAUUCAUAGCCCUAUGUUUGAGAGUUUUAU